AUGGCACAGUCAGAUCAGCAAGUAAUGCGAAGAAAGCUUGUUAUUAUCGGCGACGGCGCUUGCGGCAAAACCUCUCUCCUCUCUGUCUUCACACUGGGUUACUUUCCCACUAGAUACGUCCCGACCGUUUUCGAAAACUAUGUAACCGACUGCAGAGUCGACGGCAAAUCCGUUCAACUCGCCCUUUGGGAUACCGCUGGCCAAGAAGACUACGAACGACUACGGCCGCUGGCUUACAGUCAAGCACAUGUCAUCCUCAUCGCAUUCUCGGUCUCAUCACCCGACUCAUUGCAGAACAUCACCACAAAAUGGCACCCCGAAGUCCUCGAUCGCUGCCCCAAUGUACCCAUAAUUCUCGUCGGCCUAAAGAAGGACCUCCGCGACGACCCAGUCGCGCAGGAAGAAAUGCGAAAACGGUCCGAGAAAUUCCUCCAAUUCGAAGAGGGCGAGGAAGUGCGUAAACGAAUCGGAGCGAAAAAGUAUUUGGAGUGUUCGAGUUUGACAGGCGAGGGGGUCGAUGAUGUGUUUGAGGCGGCGACGAGGCAGAGUUUGUUGAGUGGGGAGAGGAGUCAGGGGAGGGGAUGUUGUGUUAUUUUGUGA